GGCUGAUUAAAACAAAAUGGCAGCCACCAUGACCAACGAAAUUUUCAAGUUUUCGUGUACUUUACAGGGCCAUGAAAUGGAUGUUCGGGCCGUUACCGCGGCAUACUAUCCAGAUAGCUCCAUUAUAACGGCAUCUAGGGAUCGUACUGCUCGAAUCUGGAUUCCUACAGGAAGUGGCUACGAAGAACAGCAUUGCAUGCGAGGGCAUGAGAACUUCAUCGCAGCGGUCUGUGUCCUGCCUCCCAGUGACAAAUACCCAAAGGGCCUGAUAGCCACCGGAGGAAAUGACCAUAAGAUCAAUGUGUACCAGCCAGAUAGUCCGGUACCGGAGUACACCUUGACUGGCCAUGCUAAUACAGUCUGCGCCCUGGCUGCAGGAAAGUUUGGCACCCUACUCAGUGGCUCUUGGGAUACAACAGCCAAGGUGUGGCUCAACCAACGCAAUGUGAUGACCCUGAAAGGUCACGACGCCGCGGUCUGGGCCGUGGCCCUCAUGCCCGGCCAGGGGUUAAUGCUGACCGGCUCGGCCGAUAAGACCAUCAAGAUGUGGCGGGCUGGAAAGUCUGAACGCACUUUUGUUGGUCACAGCGACUGCGUGCGAGCCCUGGCUAUCCUGUCGGAGUUAGAGUUCCUCUCCGCGGCCAACGACAACACCAUCCGGCGCUGGACGACCAGCGGGGACUGCACGCAGCAGCUGCAGGCCCACACCAGCUUUGUCUACAGCAUCGCCCUGCUGCCCAACGGCUCGGACUUUGUCACGUCCGGGGAGGAUCGGACAGUCCGAGUCUGGCGCCAGGGAGAUUGUAGCCAGACCAUCACCCUCCCGGCCCAGUCGGUCUGGUGUGUGGCCGCGCUGCCGAACGGCGACAUUGUCGCAGGCUCCAGUGACGGCGUGGCUCGAGUGUUCAGCACAAACCCUGAAAGAAUCGCCAGUGCGGAGGCCCAGGACCUGUACAAUCAGCAGGUGGCGGCGUUCAGCAUGCCCGCCAAAGCCCAGGCCUUCGGCGGGAUCAAGAUGGAGGACUUACCAGGGAAAGAAGAUCUGUCCAAACCAGGCAAGAAGGAAGGGCAGACGAAACUGGUACGCGUCGGUGACACAGUGGAAGCGUACUCGUGGAGCGUCGCGGACAGCAACUGGAACAAGAUUGGUGAUGUCGUAGGUACGGAAGGGGACGACACGCAACCUAGCAGCAGUAAGGUCAUGUAUGAAGGCACGGAAUACGACUACGUCUUCAACGUGGAUCUGGAGGAAGGCAAGCCGGCGUUGAAGCUGCCGUACAACAUCUCAGAAGAUCCCUGGCUGACGGCCCAACGCUUCAUCCACUCCAACGACCUGAGCCAACAGUUCCUGGAAGAGAUUGCCAACUUCAUCAUUAAAAACACCAAGGGUGUGACCCUGGGCGGGGCAGCCCCGCCCUCAGGGGGCGAUCCCUUUACGGGCGGUUCCCGCUACAUCCCCGGUUCCGAGCCCCCUCCUGGCGUUCCUAGAGCAGGCGGAGACCCCACUACUCCGAGAUCAGGAACAGAUCCCUUCACAGGGGCCGGUCGUUAUGUUCCUACCUAUGGUGCGUCAAGUCAACCAAACCAGAUUCCAUCUGCCGCACCUCAGACCAAACAGCCCAACCCCUACUUUCCAAAGCUGACGUUUGUGACCUUUGACACAGCUAAUGCCCAGGCCAUAUUAGCAAAACUGAAAGAUUUUAACUCGGCGUUGGAUGAGUCCGGUCAGUUGGAUGAGGUCGCCUUCGGUCAGCUGGAGCAACUUCUGCUAAACGCGGGUAAUUCCGCCAGCCCUACAGCUGAGCAACUCGGUACCUUAUGGAGAGCCCUGCAGUGGCCCAUGGACAAGGUAUUCCCAGCCAUUGACAUCCUUCGGCUGGUAAUCCGCCACCCAGCCAUCAACCAGCACUUCUGCAAUCAGACCGACGGGAACCAGUUCCUGUCCCGCCUCCUUCUCCUAGCCUCGGAGAGCUCCACCCCUGCCAGUCGCAUGCUUGCCAUGAGGACGCUCUCCAACGCUUUCAGCCAACCCCACGGCGCUGAGCUGUUGGCGGCCAAUCGCGACACGGUCAUCACCUCGGCACUGCAGUGCCAGGGGGUCGCCAACAAAAACCUCCACGUUGCCAUGACGACGGUGCUUUUGAAUUUCGCAGUCGUCUUGCAGAGCGGGAGUGACAUUGAAGCCCGCUCGCAUUGCCUGUCGGCCGCGUCGACGAUCCUGGACAACGAAAGUGAUCCAGAGGCACUCUUCCGACUCCUUGUUGCUAUAGGAACGCUCAUGAGCGUGGACGACAAUGCGCUGGCGAUCGGAAAAUCACUUGACAUUCUCCCAGUGGUCAGGAAACAUUGCGCUGUGAAGGAACCCGCCAAAGUCGGAGAAUGCGCACAGAAAGUGGCCGCUUUGUUACUAUGAGGACGAGUCCUUGUCAAGUUGAACUAAACUGUUGUCUCCUUCAGAGAUGCUAGAUUUUAUAAUUUAUGCCUUCAAUUUAAAAAAAAAAUGAAACAUUUCCUUAAUGAAACACAGCAAACAAUGUGUCAUUAUUUCCAAUGCAAUGUGAAUUGUGGACUAUAACUUUGCACUAUACUUGGACGAGCAACUUUUGUUAAAAGAAGACCGUGCUGUUCCAAUUCCGGGGGGAAAUCAAGUUAACUGUGAUUACUUCUUGUAUUGAGAGUUUAUUGAUCCGAUAUCUCUGGGUAUUUCGACAUAUCCUAUUAUGUCACACUUUUCAAAUAACUUUACACGUCUCAUUUACCCUUAUUCAGAUAGUUUCCACUGUAAAACCGGCAUAUUUUGAAAGUUCGUGACAUAAACGUAACUCCAAACUAACAGCCUGCUUCGAAGCUGAUUUCACUAAAUCUCCGCGCACACUGAGCACACCGUGAUAAAAUAAUGAGUUUGACAAUGAAAAUUAUGUAUGUAUCCAUCGAGAAAAGCACCCAAAAUGUUGUUAGCAAGUAGAAAACAACAAAUAUAACAGCACAUUACAUGUAAGUGUAGGAAAAGAAUGACUAAGAGCAAAACGAUUAUGCAAAAUUAAAAAAAAAAAAAAGUGAUGGGGGCUUCAAACUCAAAAAGCUGAGAAACAUUAGUUAUGAAAUAAAGUACUUGCGC